CGGUAUUACGUUGACAAAUGUAUAGAUAAAACUUUGGAAUUUAUACAUUAGUUUUGUAAUAACUUAUUGUUGAAUAUUUUUUACAUAUUUUACCAUGGCUAUGCGUAACCCUAGAUUACCUUUGUUACCUGGAUAUGGCAGCAAUACACUCAUUGGAAAGAAAGGUUUCGGCGUCCGCCCAAUUUUCACGAGUGUGGAUAAAGUGAAUAUGUUGGUUGAUAAAGCGGCGGACACAAAUCGCGUACCCUCUUUCUACUGUCGGAAGCAGGCCCCGGAGCAACCGACAUGGUUGAUGUACGACAAAAAUAUACUCAGGUUUCAAGGAUUUUAUCAAGAAACUCUUCAUGAAAUGCGCUCCGCUGCACGUGUAUUACAUAAAUUAGAUAUUUUCUUUUAUCUCGAAGAUGGAACUAUUAAGGUUAUUGAACCUAGAACUGACAACAGUGGAUUUUCACAAGGAACAUUAAUAAGACGACAAAGAAUUAGGCUCCCACAAAGCUACGAUUUGUACUAUGACAUCCUCGAUUUCAGUAUUGGGAAGGAAGUCACGUUUUACGGUAAAACAAUAAAGAUAAUAAAUUGUGAUAACUUCACAAGAACUUUUCUCAAUCGUCUCGGAAUCAAUGUACCGGAUCCCAUACCGUGGCCUGAUAGUUUGGAAAGAGCUCCCUCUUCUGGGAAACCACCCAAACAUAGACCUUUUAGACAAUUUUUGGAUCACGACAGAGAAGUAUUACGAUUCUUUGGAUAUUGGGACGACCGAGACACGCAGUUUGGGACGGUCCAUCAUUUAGAUAUUCACUAUUUCUUAGCAGAUGACACUAUGGAGAUUAAAGAGAAAUUACCACCCAAUUCCGGAGUCGAAGCUGCGCCAAUGUUUUUAAAAAGAAUGCGUUUACCAAGGAAAAUUCCGCCGCACGUGGAAAUGACUGGAGGGCCCCAACAACCGUCUUAUUCCCCCGCAGAUCUUAGUGUUGGCGCAGUGCUAAAUGUGUUUGGAAGGAAAGUGGUACUGACCGACUGUGACCCCUAUACUAAAGAGUAUUAUCGAGUUACAUAUGGAUUUGACAAUUUCAACCCACUACCUACGCCCGAAGACCGCGGUAUAUGCCUCAGUGCUAAUAUGGCGGAACGAAAAUUACCGCCGUGGAAUGGUUACGGAUCGUACGAAGAUUCCGCAGAGAACUGCCGCACUGUAGAACCUAAACCUCCACAUCGUGAUUUUAUUAAAUUUUUACAUAAGGACAGAGUUGGCUUCGAUUCUCAUAUCCUACGUUUCGCUGCAAGACUCAUUAAUGACAAUUCUGUAGACAGCAGGAGAUAUUUUAUUGUACUCUACUAUUUAUGCGAUGAUACGAUAUCCGUGUAUGAACUUGGCGAAAGAAACUCUGGAUUUUUGGGCGGAAAAUUCUUUCGUCGCAACAAAAUGUAUUUGCCAGACGUGGACUUCUUCGUAUCCAAAGAGCCUCCGGCUUACACGGAUAAGGACAUGUGGAUAGGAAACGAACUAGUCAUCAACAACCAUCGGUUCCGACUCAUAGCCGCUGAUGAGUACGCCUUGCGGUAUAUGGAACUGCACGCUAAUGAGUAUCCUACGGCUAAUAUAGCAUUAAUAAUGGACAAGAUCAGGCGAGCUUUGGUGUCUGAAGAAAACGGUUAUAAAAACUUUGUCGCUAAAUAUAUGGAAGCUGUGGUACCAGACCACAAGGAACUAAUGUCUGUGAGAUGUUUCAAACAAGCCUUAAAGGAAAUUAUGUGUGAAAAGAUGACAGAACACGAAUUCAUUACUAUUAUUAGACAUUUUCGAGGCGAUCCAGGUAAAGAAGAAAGUCAUCGACGACAAAUGUUAAGGUCUCUAGUAUUUACAGCGCUGACGCGAGGUUUGUGGGACGACCGGGACAGACUCCGGGAAGGUCUGUUACAUGCGGAUGAAAUGGGUGUUGGUACUUUGUCCCUGACUCGCAUGAGGCAACUCUUACUCGCUCAUCGACUGCCAAUUAAUACGGAUCUUAUGGAUUGCAUGUUGGAUAUGCUGAGUAAAGAUGAGAAUUGCAAUAUUUACUAUGAAGAUUUGAUGAACUUCCUCGACUUCCAAACACGACCCGUGGUCAAUUUGAGUGAUGCAGAGUUUGCAAAAGCAGUUCGCCAUGCGCCACCAUUAAAAGAUGUUGAGUGCAAAUUUUGGGCUGAACAAGAAAUGGUUAUUAACGAGGGUUACGUUAACUGGAACGCUUUCCUUUGCCAGUUAAAUUUGGAUCAUGUUGUUAAACAUUAGUUUAGAUUUUGAGUUUGAUUUUCUUAUAAUAAUUUAGACGAAAUUUAUUUUUAAAGUAUUACUUUUGU